AUGGAUCUUGAACAACGGUAUGGGGAGAAAAGACCUUUCGAAGAAGGGAAUGGGGAAAGCCAGUCUCCCGAAAAAAGGCAUCGAGGACCAACGAUAGCCAAUGUCGUUGUGGAGACAGUUAAGAUGGACAAUUUGGCAAAAUUGUGCACCGUUUUGGAGCCUUUGCUUCGACGCGUGGUGUCUGAAGAAAUUCAAAAAGCGUUUGCAACCUUCCAGCCGUCAUCCAGCUCUAAGCCGCCACUACGCAGUCUUGAGGCUCCCAAACGACUAUCAGCCAAUGGCGUCAAGCGUGAUCUGAGGCUGCAAUUCCGCAACAAGUUGGCACUUCCUUUGUUCACUGGAGGGAAGGUGGAGGGCGAAGGGAGUGAGCCAAUCCGAGUGUUUCUCCAGGAUGGAGAUACAGGUUCUGUGGUUACCACAGGACCAGAGGCUAAUCUGAAGCUUGAAGUUGUGGUGCUUGAAGGAGAUUUCAGCAGAGACGAUGAAGACGAUUGGUUACCAGGAGAAUUCGACCAGUUUUUGGUGAAAGAGAGAGAUGGUAAAAGGCCACUUUUGACCGGCGAGACAUUUGUGGUGCUCAAGGACGGGCUUGGGGUCAUGGGCGAGAUCACGUUCACAGACAACUCUAGUUGGAUCCGGAGUCGCAAGUUCAGGCUGGGCGUGAGAGUGUCGCCAGGGCAGAUUGGGGAGAGCAGGGUACGAGAAGGGAAGACAGAGGCGUUCACGGUGAAGGAUCACCGUGGAGAAUUGUACAAGAAGCACUAUCCGCCUGCUUUGACAGACGAAGUGUGGCGAUUGGAUCGCAUAGGCAAAGACGGCGCCUUCCAUAAGCGCCUGAAUCAGGCUGGAAUCUUCACAGUAGAAGAUUUCCUACGGCUUGUUGUCAUGGACCCACAAAAACUACGAAAUAUUCUUGGUUCAGGCAUGUCAAACAAGAUGUGGGAGAACACCGUGGAGCAUGCAAAGACAUGUGUGCUGAAUGGCAAGCUGCAUGUGUACUAUGCGGAUGACAAGCAGAACAUUGGCGUCAUCUUCAACAACAUCUUCCAGCUCAUGGGCCUGAUUGCCGACAGCCAGUACAUGUCUGUGGAUCUUCUCUCCGAGAGUGAAAAGAUUUACGUGGAUAAGCUGGUGAAGGUUGCGUACGAGAACUGGGAGAAUGUUGUGGAGUAUGAUGGGGAAGCUCUUAUAGGGGUCAAGCCAAACGGGCUAACAACUCUUGAUGCCACCACUGAUGACCCCGGUGCAACACAAAGAAGUUACUCCUCCGGCCAGUAUACAUGA